GGCUUCCACCCCACAGAGCACAAGGACACGUCAGCCCCGGGCCCCUGAAGCUUCUCUGCAAGGAUGGGGAAAGGAGCCCAAAGGCCAAAUUCUUCAAGCCAAGAGGAACCACUGAACAUCUGCAGUGACCCAGAGAAAGAGUCCAAAUGUGGGUCCUCCAGAACCGAGUCAGAGCGGAGAAGAUCCCCCAAGGUGCGUGUUCUCCUCGCUCUGUGUGUGCUCCUGGGCAUCCUCAGCUUCAGCUUGGCUGGAGCAGUGGCUGUUCUCAGUGUCAGACCCCGGUUCUCCGAGCUGGAAUUCUCCCACGUGUGCCCAGACACCUGGCCUGGUUUCCAAGGAAAAUGUUAUCAUUUUUCUGAGGCUGAGGGCAACUGGACCACGGGCCGGGAAAGGUGUGAGGCCCUGGGAGCUUCACUGGCCACCAUAAGCACGAGGGAGGAACUGGCCUUCCUUCUGCGCUAUAAAGGGGAAGCAAACCACUGGAUCGGGUUGGAAAAGAGGGAUAACAGCUGGGAGUGGAUCAAUGGCACGGCCUUGAACGGCAGGUUUGAGGUGAGGGGUGGGGGGCCCUGUGGGUACCUGAACCUGGGCAGGAUCAGCUCGUCCCUGUGCCACACGGAGAAGAACUGGAUCUGCAGCCGCCCCGACGACUUCGUCCUGUGGGAGGGGAAAUUAAGAGACCCCAAACCGAGACUCUCAGCCUGAAGACUCACAGCUUUCCUUCUUCCACUAGCCCAAGGAUGUCCUUCCACAUUCGAAUAUUUGCUUUGUGCCACAUCUCAGCACUACCUCAGUAACCUCAGUGCAUUUUGUCAUUGUCAACUCAGUAGCUGGUCUCAAGAAGGUUUCUUUCUCCAGAAGUCUUCCUCAUUCUCUAUGGCUAUAUAUUUACAC